GAGCUCAGCAGUCAGUCAGUCAGUCAGUCGGUCGGUCGGUCGGUCGGUCGCUAGGCUACACCGGCAGAAGCCCGCGCAGAGCGAGGAAGACACCUAACGGCUAUUUUGCCAUUGACUAGUAAAGAGCCGGCAGAGAGAGGAACAGUAGAGAAGGCGAGCACGGGCGGAGAGGAUAAUUGCAUUUCUGGCUGCCCUGUGGGAACAUGGGAUAUAUGACCUCAUCAUUCACCUGCGAGGCUCUCUAGUAAACAACUCCAAAUAGAAGGAUGACUGAAGUGGCUGUAGAGAGUACCGAUGUCCUCCUGAAACCCUGUGAUGUGACAUCAUGUGAUGUCAUCAGCUGCUCCUCCCCUCCGCCAUGUCUGUCCCCCAAUCCCCCCAAUCAGAGGGAGGACGAGGAGUGUUACCAUGACUGUAAAAAGCUGGAGCAGCAGAAAAACUGUAACCAGGUGCAACCAAAGAAAAAAGUUAAGGCCAAAGGAAAGUUAGUGCGGAGUACGGCCAUCUGCGAGGAUUCCCCGCCUUUUGAAGAAACCCAGACAUCUCCGGACACAAACAACGCAUCUUGCUGCCAUGACGACGAGAUAACUUCCUGUAAGGAGCACGAACAGGAAAACAGCACAGAGCCAAAGAAAAAUUCACUGUCCAAAGAGUCCAGCGCGGAGUACACCGACUCCACCGGCAUAGACCUGCACCAGUUUAUCAUCGACACCCUCAACAGCAACCCAAGAGACCGCAUGAUGCUGCUUAAACUGGAGCAGGACAUGAUCGACUUCAUCACCAGCAAUAGCCCCUUUAGGAAGUUCCCUCACAUGUCGUCCUACCAUCGUAUGCUGGUCCAUCGGGUAGCGGCCUACUUUGGCAUGGAGCACAAUGUGGACCAGACAGGCAAGUCUGUCAUCAUCAACAGGACCAGCAGCACCCGCAUACCGGAGCAGCGUUUUCUGGACGAGGUGCAUAAGGACAAGACGGAAGAGAUCCACCGGUGGAAAAUUAUUCUGAAGAGAGACAACAGCUCAGAUGACCAGACCCGACUUCACCCUUUACGGGAGAAGCAAAGCAAGUCAAUGGAGGAGAGAGAGGAGGAGUACCAACGAGCACGAGACAGAAUCUUCAACCAAGAGCCGGUCUGCACCCAGGAGAGUGCCCAUGCAGAAACCAGGGCUGUGGAGGAGUACAAUCCAUAUGCCGAGACCCAGAGGAGAAGGCAGCUCUUCAGGGGGAGCCGUGACAGCUCAGGCUCCAGCUGGACAGGCAGCAGCAGGCAAAGUAGCACUGAGACAGAUUGUCACUAUAGCAACGACCCCCGACCUUGGAGCAGCACGGACUCUGAUUCCUCCUACCAGUGGACGAGUUCUGCCCUGAAACCCCGCCAAGCUGCCACCCACAGCUGGGACGCACGUGGUUCAGGCUCCAUCUCUCUUUUCAGACUGCCGCCCACUUGUCCCCUCCCCUCCUCUCCUCCCAUCAUAGAUGAGCCGCCUCCUAACUCUACCUACAUCAUGGAGAACGGGAUCCCGCCUGGAAGCAUACUAGUGAACCCACAUACUGGGCAGCCUUUCCUGAACCCUGAUGGGACCCCUGCUGUGUACAACCCUCCGGACUGUCAGCAGCAAAUCAGGAGCCAGACCCAGCUGCAAGCAUCUCCCCCUCAGCACCAACAGCAGCAGGUGGUUCAGUACUCGUCUGUCUCUUACACAGCUCCACAGAUGUUGCCUGUCACUCCCUCACAGCCAUACACCACAAUUGAAGAUCUCUCCGCGCAGUUUGCUCAUGUGAGCUGUCAGUCCACCGGUGAAGCCCCGCACAUCUACCCUCCCAGUCAGGGUUACAUCUAUGCAGCUCCUCCCCCACCUCCUCCUCCUCCCAACCCCCCCAGCUACUGCCAGCCCUCACCUCCGUUGCCUGUGUAUUACUACAGCCAGUACCCUACCUCAGCUCAGCACCCAUGCAGGCCUGUCUCACCCAGCCAGCACAGCCAAGCAGCACAACCAACAGCAGGUUACGCUGUGGGGAUGCAGCAGUCCUCCCACCCCCAGGCUCAGGCUGUUCUGGGUACCUACCCACCAAUGGCCUCUCAUCAGCGUAGCAUAGUUCAGGGAGGUGUUCCGUUGUCCUAUCCCCAAAGUAAAGUUGUGACUGGGAUGGGUGGCGAGGUGGGUUACUGCUGCGUGGUGCCCCCACCCUCCUCCCACCACGGCAGCUGCCAUCCUCCCAGCUGCACCAACCUCAGUGCCCGGGCCUGGAGCGCACAGUACUGAUGAAGCCUCGACGGGUGGAGUGAUGAGAUUUCAGUUCCUGCGUGAACUCACGGGCAUACAUACACACACACACACACACACACACACACACAUUCUUAUUACAAAACACCUUUUUUCACACUCCCUCAUCUACACCCGCCUUCCUCCUGAUGAUGCCCACAGGGUACGCCGUUCACACUCAUGACGAGCAUGUGCACACAAACACGCACACACACACACACACAAAACAUACAGAAAUGUACCACUGUACCAAAGCUUAAUAGUAUUUAUCAGAGCUGCUGUAUUGAAUGCAUAAUUUAUAUACACAAAUGGAGUUUUAUAUUGAUAUUAAAUUAUAUAUUGUGUUCCGAGGAAAUGCACUGUGUGAAUAGAAUAAAGUACUGUGGCUGGAUUGACGAUGUCACAUUUCUAUAUCAUCCUGGCUGUUUGUUUCCUAUAAUGUCGAUGAUGCACACGGCGCGGCGAGAUACAUACACCAGGAAAUAAAGUGCAUUAUAUGAGGACUUGCUUUCUGUUCACAACACUAUCACAUGAUAAUCAAAAUGAUGUUUUAUUUCGCUGUGGGAAAGCAGAGAUAUGGGUUGUUAACCUACCACUGAGUUCAUAAAUGAAUGUCAUUAAAUGCCUUAAUGUCUGAACGACUAACAAGCAAAUGAAAUAUUUUGCAUUAACGUGGCUGAUCAUUAAGGCCAUUUAGUAUUAGGGAAGCUUGAUGUUAUUAGGAGACUAAGAUGCUCUCACGGUGGGAGUUUUUAUGCACUCAAACAAUCUAAUCAAACCACUGAUGGAUUCUCAAUGAGACUUUAGCACCCCCCUCUGCUCAAAAACUCUCAGUACACCGUCUUCACAACACAGUGCAGGAAAUUUCACCACUUGUGCAUUUGCUCAUCAGUAGGUACAGCUGGAGGGCUGCAUCUAACAAUUGUUUUCAAUUCCAUCUUAAUCUGCUGAAUAUUUCACAAUUAACUGGUUAACCGUUAGCUAGCAAUCACUCGCUAAUUUUUAUAUUUGAGAAGCUGAAACUGGUAACAAUGUGGGCAUUUUUGCAAUAAAAAUGGCCUAAACAAUUAACUGAUUAUUAAAAUGUAUGCCAUUUGAUUUCAUGUUGAUUGACUCAAUCAUUUCAACUCUUAUUUCUACCCGUGGUAUUAAAUCAUGUUAAUUUCAAGGGCCUUUUCACAGCAGACAUUUUAAGUUGUCGCAGCAGGAGAAGCACAGGUGUUACUGAUAACAUUAACGAUGUCUCUGCUCUAUUUAGGCGU